AUGGAUGAUGAUAAAUUUUUACCAAAGUUAUCACAAAAUUUACUUGAAAUUUUAGAUGAUGAUGAAUUUUAUGACAUUACAAUUGAAGUUGGUAUUGACCCUUACGUAAAAAUAUUCCGCGCACAUAUGAAUAUAUUAAAUUAUCGAUCUCCUUAUUUACGAAAAAUUAUAUCAACUAAUAAAAAAAAAAGUGACGGAACUUUAGCACAUAUUAAAUUACAAAGUAUUUUACCUGAAAUUUUUCAGAUAAUAUUAAGAUAUAUUUAUGGAGGAAGGGUAUCUUUUGAAGGACAUGAUGAAGCAGAUGUUAUCAAAACUUUAGUUGCAGCUAGCGAACUUGAUCUUCAAGAAUUAGUUAAUCAUUUACAAUCUUUUUUGAUUGAAAAGCACUCAACUUGGAUGGAACAAAAUUUUAAUAUGAUAUAUCAAACAAGUUUUGAAAAUGAUUCUUUAUUGGAACUUCAAAAUUAUUGUAAUGAUCUUAUAUCAAAGAAUCCAGAUAAAAUAUUCAAUUCACUUAAUUUUUCUUCAAUUCCGGAAAAAAUUUUAAUCUCACUUAUUCAAAAUGAUAACCUUAAAAUGAAUGAAGUUCAAGUUUGGAAAUAUGUUCUUAAAUGGGGACUCGAUCAAAAUCCGGGACUUCCUUCUGAUCAUAAAAGUUUUUCUGGAGAUGAUUUUAGUGUAUUAAAAAAUACCUUACAACAAUAUAUUUCUUUAAUUAAGUUUGAUAAUUUUAGUUCAAAAGAAUUUUUAGAUCAUGUAUUUCCUUAUAGAGAAAUUCUACCUGAGAAAUUAUUUAUAGAUUUGUUAAUACUUUUUUUGGAUUACGAUAAUAAGCCAACUGAUCAAUCCGAACCAGCUCAGACAUUUGAAAAGAUUGAAACUCAGUCGACAAGUACAACGCUCGGGAAAUCUUAA